UCGGACGGUGCAUCAUUCUCUGAGGCUUCUCUCGGAGGGCUGAGUAUUCCCGGAACUUGAUUAUCCGACACAGAAAAUCAAACCCUUAGAGUCUUGCGCAACGCGUCUGAUCCCGAGAGGAAUUCUAUUCGACGCUGAUGGUCACUUGAAAUAACCAUUAAUGCAUACACUUCACUCAACGGGGCGCACCUGCCUGCCUCAAGCUCGAACUUCAGACUCGGGUCUCCGGGUACGGACGGGGUCGGCUUCCUCGAUUCUCAUCGGCGACCGAGAAUUCCGAUGAGGAUCCCCUAUCCAAUCAAAGCCACUCCGAGAUGGACUUCGAAGUUCGCGCUGUUCGCGAGUCCGUUAGCGAGGCAGACGGCAGCGGCCACUUGGCUCCGCCCGUCCCAAACACUCGCCACUUUUGUAUAGAAAAGGCAGCGCAAAACUGGAUGGUGAUCUAUUUGUGGCUGUGACUGGGACGCGCCGUUUAGUUCUUGUGCACUUUUAGUCCGAGAGUAGUUCCCGACUUGGUGUGGUGGUGCGAGUACUCCUGCUGCUACGCUGGUUCUAGUUCGGUCGAAAUUCGACCACGACUUCGAAAUUCAAGUAGCUUCCUGAUCUCGAUCUCGAAAUUGCCGUCAUCGAGCGAUUCAGUGUGUUCAUUAGCUGUCCGAGGAGCCGUGUGUGAGAAUCGAAUCGCGUUACUCAUCACGUCUGUAGCGUGAUCAUGGCGGAUCUCGAGAGUUUUUUCGCGAAGAAGGACAGAAAGAAGAAAAACAAGAAGGCCGAGAUCCUACCGGAGGAUCUUUUGAAGAAAAUUGAAUUGGCCCAGAAGGAAGAGUCUGUCGAAGCGGACACACAAGGCUUGGUGGAUAAUGGCUACGAUAGCAAUGGCGAUCAGCCUCAAAAAGUCUCGACCUCGGUCACGAAUAGCUCGAAGCAAACGCACGAGGACGACGAAUGGGACGAAUUUGAGGGUGAGAAAGAAGUCGACAUCAGCAACCUGAAAAUACAGAACCUCGGCGAAAUGGAGAAAGAACGCCAAGAAGUUGAAGACCAAGAGGAACUCCAGAAAGCUGUGGAAGAAUCUAAAUCCACCAUGAAAUGGAACAUAGCUCGCAAAGAGGAAUCCUCUGAUGACGAACAACCCGAUGAGAAAACCGAUGAGGUCGGCACCAGAUCAAAUGAUCAGGACAAGAGUUCGGCUGCCGAUAACAACAAUAAAGAGGAAGCAAAGACCGAGGCUCCGGCCGCUUCUCAAGCAAAAAGAUACAUACCGCCAGCUCUCAGGAACCAAGGUCUCGGGAUGAGUCAGGACAUCCGCAGUAUGCCCGCGUCCGGAGGCCCCAUGCUGGAGAAGACGAGCCUGAAGCGUAACCCGAUGAAAAAUCAGAAAAUCGACGUCAAUUCCACCGAUCAGUUCCCAAGCUUAGGAAUGGCGGUCCAGAGCUCCGGUGGCAGGAGUUUGGGUCCGGACUCUUCGUUCACCUCCGUCCGUAAAGGCGCAAGGAGCGGUCAGGAGAGUACAGCAGAUCAGCAGGGCUUGUCGACAUCGAACAAGUUCGCGGUGCUCAAGAGUAACAGGACCUAAGUGCAUCUGAUUCGAUCAAAGACCGCCGCGACACUAGCCCUGGGUUUCAAUGUUAUGAGAUAGCGGGUUGCUAUCCUGGAGGAAGCGAUGUGCUGCGAGGUGAACGGAUAAAUAGAGGGAGGAUAUCCGCUGAACGAUGAGAGUGAAAGACCGUGGGGGACGAGGCGUCGUAGAUCGCAAGAGAAAAGUAAAGAGAUGUCGAAUGGAACACAAGAGGUGUUUUUUAGAAGCGACAAACCGAUCGGGUAUUCCCUGAUAGUUUCCCGGGUAUUCACGGAAAAUUCGAUGAAAAUUAUGACGUUAACUUUGAUUAGAUAAAAGAAUGACAUGUUGGUAAGAUGCACGGGCCUAUUUAGUUGUUUCGCUCUACGACGUCACUUUGCCGCCCAAACAACAGUAUGAAUGUUAACUUUGCGAGCCUUUCGUCUGUCAAGUCGGUGUCGACGUCAUCCCUCCCACCAGCCUUCACCAUUCUUCCCGUUCUCGUUUCCACCUCCAAGUCUGCUAGUAUCCCUUGGCAACGAGAGAGUCAUGUACGGGGGAGCGAAGAGGGGAGCAUGCUGGAAAAAAGCGGCUGAGAACAUUGGCAGAACCGAGAAAAGUGGCCACGACCCGGCUCAAGUGCGGGCUGUGUUACAUUUUGUUAUCUAGCUAAGGAAAACAACUACUAAACAGAACACUGAACACGCGGACGCCAUUGGCUAUCUGCAUCCGCGUGCUAUACAUUCGAGGUCGCACCAGUCGUCACGUCCCAGUGGCGAAGAUGGUGCUCCUGUAUAAUACUAAGGCUAAGCUCAAAUAAAUAUAAUAUAGAAGUUGUUCACAUGAAUCGGAA